CAGGCUGUUACCGAAACGCACCAGCUCCGUGGGAAUGGAGCCCCUUGCGCGCUCCUCCUCCGGCAUCAGGUCCCGGCACCGCGGGCCAAUGGCCAACACCAACUAGACUAUUUCUUCGCACCAGAACUCACCCAACUUUUCCAAGCGUGCAUGAAAGACAAGUGUACGGUACAACACACCCCCUGGCCCACCAAUUCGAACGACGUUCCCCGGCGACAGGUAGCCGAGCCACUCACGCUGCGGCCCAAAUUAGCGGAUUCAAGAUGCUUGCCACACUCACACACCCCUUCCACUUCUCCAGCUCACCUGGAUAACGCCCACAACCAGGGUCCGUCUGUCGUCCGCCGGCCGCUUCUCGGUCUGGGAUCCGUCAUUGGUCUACCAUCCGGGCCCCCCGUCUGUCUCUUCACCUCGCCUCCAACCGGGAAGGUCGGCCAUAUUUGUUACCUUUGCCUUGGGAAGCUGCCCCUGCGCAAGUCCCUUCUCUGGGGUUUUGUGGUUGCCCUUGUGGUAGACCGUCUGUGAAAUCAUAACCAAAGUCCACCGGUAGCGUGGGUGCCGAUCCAAGGGGACGGAUCCUUUGAGUCCAGUCGGCUGCCUUGCCAGGUCUGAUCGUCGUAUAUCACGCACGGAGUUUUGUCUCGCCUGUCGGGUCUGUCAGGUCUGUCAGUCAAGGCCAAAGGCUUUUUGACCCAUCCGUCUCCCACACCCCCGGACUUGUCAAACCGAAGAUCAUUCUCUCGAACGCCUCGUGCUCGGACCGCCGCCGCCGCCGCCGCCGCCACUUGCUGGACUCGGAACCUCCCAGCCUUCGAGAAAUGUUGCCUUUCCGAGUUAUCUAGAAGCAGUACACGACAAGAGCAAGUGCGCACACGGACGGCCGCGUGUUCCUCUCGUCGACCCCAAAAGAAAGCGCACCAUGGCGGGCAACGCGACGGCCACGGACAUUGACCUCGACGCCAACAAUGCCUACCUCGUCUACAUUCCGGCCGGCGUCUUCGUCGUCAUCUGCCCAGUCCUCAUGGCGCUGCGAAUCUGGGCGCGCCUGAGGAAAGGAGGCAGCAUGGGCGCCGACGACUGGACGGCGAUAGCGGCUCUCAUAUUCACACUCCUGACAAGUGGGUUCCUCGUGGCUUCCUGUCAGUAUGGCAUGGGAAAGCAUUGGGUCACGGUCGUCGGCCACAAUCGAUUUGAAACCAUGAAGUAUUUCUUCAUGGCUCAGAUCACGUACAAGGCGUCCAUCAACCUCGUCAAGUGCUGUAUCCUGCUCCUAUAUCUGCGCCUGUUCCGCAUUGUCCGAUGGUUCCGCUGGGCCUGCUGGGUCCUUCUCGCCGCCGCGAUCAUGUACUGCACCGCCUCCGUCGCCGUCACCAUCUUCCAGUGCCGGCCCCUGAUCCGCGCCUUUGACAAGACCGUCCCCGGCACGUGCAUCAACACGGCCAAGUUCUGGUACGCCAACGCCGGCUUCUCCAUCGCCACGGACGUCAUCAUCCUGCUGCUACCCAUGCCGCUCGUGUGGAAGCUCGAGGUGCCCAUCGCCCAAAAAGUCGCCCUCAUGGCCGUCUUCGCCAUCGGCGUCUUCGUCGUCAUCACCUCGUGCCUGCGCGUCACGACCCUCGACAUCCUCGCCACGACGCCCGACCAGACGUACGACAUCGCAAACGUCAUGUGGACCAUUGUCGAGCCCAACGUGGCCGUCGUCUGCGCCUGCCUGCCCAUCCUCCGCCCCUUCAUCGUCAAGAUCUUCCCCAUGCUCCGCAGCAAGGGCUACUCGGGCGCCUAUGGCACCCCCGCCUACGGCACCGGCAAGUCCCGCGCCACGACGGGGAGCCAGGCCAGGGGCGGCGGCCGCGACUGGGUCGAGCUCGGCGGCGUCAAGUCCCAGGGCGUGCACCUCGCCUCGAUCCACCGCCCGAGCUCCAACACGGGCAGCGAGGAGAGCAUCCUGGCGGGGACGCAGCCGACCAAGGGCUCCGCGACGGGCGGUCCCGGCAUCCAAAAGACGGUGGAGUACAGCAUUCAGUAUUCAAAACAGUAGAUUUCCUUUCAAGACCGGUGGGAUUGGGAGCUCGAGCUCCGGGGGAGACAACAAAGUCGAGGGGGGGCCGUGCGUGCGUGCGUGCGUCUGUGUGUAUGUGGUACAUUAUGAAGCGCUCUCGUUGUUGCGGAUGGUCAAUAACGAGGUCUAUGAAACAUGGAUGUUCGGGUUACGAUAAGUGACGCACCCGAAGGAUAUGUUGGAUGUAUACCCGCGGGGCUCAGACUAUAGAUGUGUGUGUACGUUUAGCGAAUCGAGCAAUUAGACUGGCGUUUCUGCACGGACAAAGAAACUACAUAUGGG